AUGAGUGCCGAAAACUUCUACCGAAUGAUGAUUUUACUGGAAGAACCCUUGCCAGACUCCGGUUCCGACAGCAAAAGACAAAACGCAACUCACGACUUCGUUGACGAGUUAGUCCUACCGAUACAAGUUGAUGAACUAGACCUCCUAAACACCUGGUUUGACAAAUUUGAUGAGCAAAUUUCCAUACCCAACGAAGGCUUAUUAAAAUACGAAAUUAGCAGCGACGGGCUCAUAGUCUUGAUACUAGACAAGAAAAUUAGCCACGUUGUAGAGGACGUAAAGAAGUUCCUACACGAAAAUCCUAUAAACAAUGAAGAGGAAUAA